AUGUACAGCAGUCCCAUAUGUGAGAACUCGGUCACCACAAAAUAUUGGAUAAAUGAAUACACCUCCACCUUGGGUAUUGGCGUCUUCCACUCUGGAAUUGAGAUCUAUGGCAGAGAGUUUGCCUACGGAGGGCACCCUUAUACCUUCAGUGGGAUUUUCGAAAUCACACCGGGCAGUGCAGUAGAGCUUGGCGAGACCUUUAAAUUCAAAGAAUCUAUUGCCUUGGGCACCACAGACUUCACAGAAGAGGAUGUGGAUAAAAUCAUGGAGGAACUGGGCAAGGAGUACAAGGGCAAUGCCUACCACCUCAUGCACAAGAACUGCAACCACUUCUCAGCUGCUCUGGCAGAGAUCCUGUGUGGGAAGGAAAUCCCGCGUUGGGUGAACCGCUUGGCCUACUUUAGCUCCUGUAUUCCAUUCCUGCAAAGUUGCCUCCCCAAGGAAUGGUUGACUCCAGCUGCGCUGCAAAGCCACAUCAGCCUCGGCCUCCAUAAGGAAGAGCAGGGAGACGCUACUGACGAGGAGUCCCCGUCCACGUCCGCAGCAGCUUCUGCCUCCGGCCCUUCGCGAACCUGCAGGCAUACGAGGGUCUGA